AGUAAAAUAAGGAAGUAGAAAAAGAGUUAAAGAGCUGCAGUUAAUAAUGUAAAGGCCUUAUGCCUAUAAAUAUUGUCUUGCACGGUAAAAAUAAGAAGAAACAAUCUGAUGUUGAAGAGCCUCUUAAAUCAGAAUCUGAAGUCCGUUAUAAGAAGCAACCCCCUGAAGCCAUGCAGGAACGCAGGAAGAGGAUACUGAGACUGGUUCUCUUAGUCACAGUGUGUGUCGCAAUUCUGGUUGUAACUGCAGUUUUAAUAAAAGUGUUCCUGGACAACUACUACUUCUUCUGUCGCAAGUCCUUCAAGUUCAUUAAGAUAUCAUCUGUCUGUGAUGGGAUACAGGACUGUGCAGAUUUUGAGGAUGAGCAGCAGUGUGUGAUAAACGCAACUUUCCAGAAUCCUUUUGAAGUGAGAAUCUUUGGUCCAAAAUCACUUUUGCAGGUCUACAGUCCUGCAAGUAAGACCUGGACCCUGGUGUGUUUUGACACCUGGAAUGACAGUCUGGCAUUGAUGACUUGUACACAACUGGGAUAUGCAAGGAAUCCCUCAGGAAUUGCAACACAGUUAACUCUAGCGGAGCAACAAUCCUAUUCUUUCAGUAUUGUGAACAGUCAGAAAGCCACCAUAGCAAAGAAAAUCCAGGAUGCUUUAGAUGAAGGAUCUUGCAAGUCUAGAACUGCUGUUUCCCUGAUCUGUUCCAACUGUGGUGAAACUGGACUUGAACGCAUUGUGGGAGGUGAUGAUACCACCAUUGAACGCUGGCCAUGGCAAGUGAGUCUUCAGUACAAUGGGAACCAUGUCUGUGGAGGCAGCAUCAUUAAUCCUCUGUGGAUCGUCACAGCUGCACACUGCUUCCCAGCUUUCACUUUUGAAAGAAAUAUAAUUUCUGAAUGUUUAGAAGAAUCCAUCAAUAUCAGCAAGAUGUUGCAUGCUCUUUUUCUUUACCAGAAUCUAGAACUGUUCUAUACAUUUCACAAAAGUGGAAAUAAAUCUACCAGUGCCCUAUAUUCAUACUGUUUUCCCCCCUUCUUUCCAACAGAAGCUGUUCGGGCAGUAUGCCUGCCAAAUUAUGGUGCUGAAUUGCCUGCUAGAUCCCAAGUGUGGGUUACUGGAUGGGGCUACACUCAAGAAAGGGGGAGACUGUCCAGUACACUGCAGAGAGCAAAUAUUUCGGUGAUCAGUAUGAGCAUAUGCACCAGCCUUGCAGUUUAUAGCACUGCCGUCACAGACAGAAUGCUGUGUGCUGGCUAUAUGUCUGGCAAGGUCGAUAGUUGUCAGGGUGACAGCGGUGGACCACUGGUGUUUGAAGAUCCCAAUGAUUAUGAGCGUUGGACUCUAACUGGCAUUGUAAGCUGGGGAUAUGGCUGUGCACGUCCUGGAAAUCCUGGAGUAUACUCCAGAGUGGGGUCAUUCCUCGACUGGAUUUAUGAAGUAAUGCAGCAAAAUUCUUGAAUUUUGGAGACUUCUUCAAAAGAUCACUUGAAAGUUUUCCAGCAAGCUUACAACUAUUGAGAUUGUUACAGCGUUUUGUGAGUGAAAUGAAGAUACAAGACUGUUGUAGAACCAUAUCUCACUAGCCUCCAAGCUGGAUUAUGGUCCAGUUAUGGAUUUGUUUACUGAAGCUUGAAGUUCAGUGCCAGAUUCUGGCCAACCCCUUUUUUGAUGAGGAGGUUAAGGCCCAUGCUUCAUCAGAUACUAUAGACUCUCAUAUUUCUUGGUUUUUAAAAAGUGUUUUCUGCCGUACUGUGUAUAUGUGCACAUCUAGUAUGACUGUUUACUUGGUUACUAACUUUUGAUUUUACUAUUAUGGGCAUAAAAGGGGUUUUAGCCAUGAUUUCACUGUCCUGUUUUUAGUAAGCAUACAGCAUGUUGUCAAGAUAUUUCAAAUUUUCUAUGAUUUCUUGUGAUAUCAUAGUAGAUGGUUCAUUAUCACAGCAAGCGUCUGAAACUGUACAGUUCAGAAAGCAAACUAAGCACCUUUUGCAUUUUGGCAUAAGUUGAUUUUAGAUUCUGUCCAUGAAAUGGAGGGUAUAAAAUAAACUAAUCUUUAUAUUUAUUUUUAAACAUAUACACCACCCCCUAAAGCUGUUUUCUAGCAUCACUGUUGAUCAUGAAGUAUUUGACUAAUUGGCUCCCACAGCCGGAAAUGGCACGCAUGUAGCAAUCCCACGGAGCUAUAGGGUAUUCAGUGAAGUCAUGGUAAGCCCACUAUUUACUACUCUGUGGAAUUGUCUUGCUCCAGACUAAUGUCUCUAGUAAUUCAGAUAAGUAGGAGAGAAAUGUCCCCCACCCCAGCAACUACAGCACUUCUACUCUGUUAGUCUGCCUGUCUUAUAGCAAGAAAUGUAGCAAUAUAGGUUUUGAAAUAUUGAAAUGAAUACUAAAGGAAUGUCAACACUGUAGUACAGAAAUGCAUUCUUUACUUAAAUCAUCCCUGGGAUGUUUCUUGUUAACACAGCAGCCACCAAAGAUAGUGAUGGAAAAUCUGCUGAGUCCACUCGAGUGUUGUGGCUAAUCAUGUACAUCGUUGAACCCCUCCAUUUUUUUAUACUCCAUGACUCCAGCCAUGUUGUGCCCAAGUAUAUGCAGGUGUCCCUCCAUUGCAGGCAUCCGUCUUGAUCUGCACUCUCCAUUACAUGCUAUUCAUGUCCAUCUUCCCACUUCCAGAUGUAAAUUAUAACAUGGCCCUCUCAAUUCUGUUCUUCACCUUGUCUCUCUCUCUCUAUAGUAUGGUACUUUCCUAUUUUAUCUGUAUUCUGAAUCUUUACCACUGCCUUUCUUUUCCCCAUACUGUACUGAUAUUGCACACUACACAAGUACAGAGUAUUCAAUAGGCCAUGUAUAGAAUGUAGUUAGUGUUUUUGUUGAGAAAUUGAUUCACUUCUUUAAUAAUCAACAAAUGUGUGCCAUAUCACAAGGUAAAAAGUGGCAUUAUGUACCACUCAAGAACCCUGCUCCUAUUUGUGCUUGUAACAACUUCUGUAUGCAGGGUCUUAUGAUACAGGAUUUUCAAGUGGAAUUUUCAUGGAAGAGGGCAGAUCGACUAUCGUCAGUCAGGACUUUAUAGUCCUCUGAUCCUCACAUUUCAUGCACAAGCCAACAUUAGAUAUUCCACCUCGGCCAGAUAUUGUGGCUCACACCAUCUGAUUCUACAUCUCUAGGUUAUUCACUGAGCAACAUAGCUUUUCUGUAUUUUCAUGUUUCAAGAUGCCAUCAAAAUUAGAUUUUCAUGCAUUAAUGCAUCUUCCCAUAUGUGUGUUUUUAAACUGAAUGUAAAUGCAGAUAAAAACAAUGGUAAUGUGAGACACGGAUACUGUGUUUAGUUAUCUGCUGCCAGUUUUGCCAUACCUGUCAGGUAUUACCCACAGUUCCAUGUCUAAUCUGAAAUGUUCUCAACCAGCUGUUUAGAUUGGGAAGAUUGCUUACAUAUGUGUGUUAUUAUGCACAAAUUAGAGUAGUUACCACUUCUAACUUGCCAAAAGCUUGACAGAAUGAAAUAUGAACUUUUGAGGACACUGCAAAUCCUUAGCCAGGGCACAAAUAAAACUCGUAAAAUGCUAGAUUUCUUUUUCAUAUAAUCAUUUGAACCCAAUCUCUGCUUACAUCCGAAUUGGUUAGCUAAUUUGCACCUGCAGGAUCAUGAGUUGUUUAGCAAACGUAACGUUAACUGAGUUUCCACUGCAGUAAAGCUGUAUUAGAUGAACAUGUGAAUUAUUUUCUCUCCUAGACGUUUCUACUUUUGUGCACUGGUGUAUUGAAUGCAAAACUUGUUACCCCUUCUAAAUAAGCUGUAUGGUGACUUAUUGGGAAUUGGUCAUCAAAAUGAAGUAAUACAUACAAAGAUGCUAAAUGUAAAGCUUUAUUUUCUGCAGUAUAGAGCAAAAAUAUAAAAUAUAAUUUCUGUUAAAUAUAGACUUUUAUCACUUGUUUUCUACAUGAUGUAAUAACCCAAACCAGGACUGUUCUGAAAAAUAUAGACAAGUGUUACCAUUUGAGAGAAAGUUUGUGUCUGUUUAAGGGCUGUAAGUAAUUGUGUAAAACACCAUGGCAUGUUUUUUUUUUAAGUUUUCUGUGGAUUUAAAAAAAUAAAAUUUCCUAAUUCUUAAUUCAAAUGAA